AAAAGCAACUGUGACAGCCCAGACACCGGAGCAGUCCUAGACCUACAAGCAGGACGGCUAGACACAGCACAAUGGCACUGAGCACACGGAUCCAGGCUGCCUGUCUCCUGCUCCUCCUCCUGGCCAGCCUUACCAGUGCCUCAGUUCUGCACCAGACAAAAGAGCUUGCAGCCCACCAGACUCAGGACACAGCUAGAGCCUCAGCUGGCUUGACGACUGGGCUCCAGAGGCUGAGGAGGCGAGACACCCACUUCCCCAUCUGCAUCUUCUGUUGUGGUUGCUGCCGUAAAUCAAAGUGUGGGAUCUGCUGCAAGACAUAGAGCCUCCUGGCCCUCCUCUCCCUCCCUUAUUUAUUCCUGUCACCCUCCAACACUUGGUGAAUGGUCUCGGAAUAAAAUGGCUGGUUCUAGCUUUUGUUUUCCAAA